UCUCGAGGCAGCGCGGUCCAGGCUGAGGUUGCGGCGCCCACAGAGCCGCAUCAAGGCUGGAGGCCGAGACCCGCAGGGAGCUACCCUAAGGCAAAGAUUGGGUGCCUGUUGUAUCUUUGAGAGGUGACUGCAGAAAAUACCAGUAAGGACUAAGGAACCCAAAAGAAUUGAAAACAGGUGUGGUGCUGCGUCCCAGCUACUCAGGAGGCUGAGGCAGAAGGAUCUCUCUCGAGUCCAGGAGUUCAAGAUGCUGCCCAUCACAGACCAACUGCUGCACCUCCUGGGUCUGGAGAAGACGGCCUUCCGCAUGUAUGCCGUGUCCGCUCUCCUCCUCUCCCUGCUCUUCUUCCUCUUCCGCCUGCUGCUGCAGUUCUCGCGCCUCUGCUGGGGCUUCUACAUCACCUGCCGCCGGCUGCGCUGCUUCCCCCAGCCGCCCCGGCGCAACUGGCUGCUGGGCCACCUGGGCAUGUACCUUCCGAAUGAGACGGGCCUUCAGGAUGAGAAGAAGGUGCUGGACAACAUGCACCACGUAAUCCUGGUGUGGAUCGGACCCGUCCUGCCGCUUUUGGUUCUGGUGCACCCGGAUUACAUCAAGCCCCUGGUGGGCGCCUCAGCUGCCAUUGCUCCCAAGGACGACCUUUUCUACAGCUUCCUGAAACCGUGGCUAGGGGAUGGGCUUCUGCUCAGCAAAGGUGACAAGUGGAGCCGUCACCGCCGCCUGCUGACUCCUGCCUUCCACUUCGACAUUCUGAAGCCCUACAUGAAGAUCUUCAACCAGUGCACCAACAUCAUGCACGCUAAAUGGCGGCGUCUGGGGGAGGGCUCGGUGGCCUCCUUUGACAUGUUCGAGCACGUCAGCCUCAUGACCCUGGACAGUCUUCAGAAAUGCGUGUUCAGUUACAACAGCAACUGCCAGGAGAAGAUGAGCGAUUACCUGUCGGCCAUCAUCGAGCUGAGCGCGCUGGUGGUCAGGCGCCAGUAUCGCCUCCAUCACCACCUGGAUUUCAUCUACUACCUCACCGCAGACGGGCGGCGCUUCCGCCAGGCCUGUGACAUCGUGCACCGCUUCACCACCGAGGUCAUCCAGGAGCGGCGGCGGGCGCUGCGGCAGCAGGGGGCCGAGGCCUGGCUGAAGGCCAAGCAGGGCAAGACCUUGGAUUUCAUCGACGUGCUGCUCCUGGCCAGGGAUGAAGAUGGGAAGGAACUGUCAGAUGAGGACAUCCGAGCUGAGGCAGACACCUUCAUGUUUGAGGGUCAUGACACAACAUCCAGUGGGCUCUCUUGGGUGCUGUUCAACUUGGCGAAGUAUCCAGAAUACCAGGAGAAGUGUCGGGAAGAGAUCCAGGAAGUCAUGAAAGGCCGGGAGCUGGAAGAACUGGAGUGGGAUGACCUGACCCAGCUGCCAUUCACCACUAUGUGCAUCAAGGAGAGCCUGCGUCAGUUCCCACCUGUGACCCUUGUAUCUCGUCGCUGCACAGAGGACAUCAAGCUACCAGAUGGACGCAUCAUCCCCAAAGGAAUCAUCUGUUUGGUCAGCAUCUAUGGGACCCACCACAACCCCACAGUGUGGCCUGACUCCAAGGUGUACAACCCUUACCGCUUUGACCCAGACAAUCCACAGCAGCGCUCCCCACUGGCCUAUGUGCCCUUCUCUGCAGGACCCAGGAACUGCAUCGGACAGAGCUUCGCCAUGGCGGAGAUGCGCGUGGCGGUGGCGUUGACGCUGCUGCGCUUCCGCCUGAGUGUGGACCGAACGCGCAAAGUGCGGAGGAAGCCAGAGCUCAUCUUACGCACCGAGAAUGGCAUCUGGCUCAACGUGGAGCCGCUGCCUCCCCGGGCCUGAGUCCCGCCAGAAGAGGCCCAGGCCCCGCUCCAGGUCCUGAGGACAUAGACCACGCCCCUCAAAGUCCUGGCUUUGUUGCUGGAGGACCAGGCUCCGCCUUUGACCAGUCUGUUGGUGCUGGCCAUGCCCCUCAAGGCAGGGCUCCACCCAUGAGGGUCUGAUCCUGCCCCUUGAGGUUCAGGUCCCGCCCCUUGAGUUCCCGCACCAGCCCUCCAACUUGAGGGACCAGCCUCGGCUCCACCCCCUCGGGUUCAGGCCCAGCCCCCAGAGUAUGACGGAUUGAGGUUCUCAGGCCACGCCCCUGUGAAUCAACUUCCCAGGCCCUGCCCACUGAGCUUUCUGAGCACCUAAGACCCACCUGUCGGACUCAAGACCCGCCUCUCCAGUGCCUGGACCCAGUUUGGCUUCUAAAUUGAGGACUUGGAAGUUGGAACCUGGGAUCAGAACCCUGAACCUGGACAUCAGUUCCUUAGACGCCCCUCGCCCCUGCUCACACGGGCCGUCUGCUCAGGAGUCAUCCCAGAAAUCGGGCUGUUUUCUUUUGUUGUUGUUUUGUAAGCCUAGAUGCUCACAAGUCCCUUCCUACCUCUCUUACUCAAAGGCCUUUUGCUGAGGGUUCUGAUUUUUGAAGAAUAAAAGCAAAGGUUUGCAGACA